AGAUCGUGGUUUUCAUUUCUCUCCCACAUCUUUACGGGGGGUGGUGGUGUAGAAGUGUGCAUGUAGAGCUCCCUCCGUCUCUCCCCCCGCCACAAGGAGGAGCUGGGGAAUAAUUUUUGAAUGGGGAGCGCCUGGUGUAAGGAAACAUUGCACGAAGGGGUGCGGCGGCGGCGGCUCGUGGGGACAGCAGUGGCAGGUGCCUAGGUGGUGGUGGUGCCAAGAGCGUGCUUCGCUCUCUGUGCGAGGGACUCUCUAGGAGACAGCGUGUGCACGAGUCUCUUCCCAUGUGAGCUCCUUCCUCGUCCGUUGUUUCCUGGCGCUUAACGGAGGAAGGACAUCAUAGGGUGCAGAGAGAGAAACUUCGCUGCACACGGUUCCUGUUUGUCCAUUGCCUAAUGAUGUGGCUUUCAGAUGCUGUAUGAUACAUCAAGAAUCUGGACUUAGUUCUCUGACAUCGGCAUCUAAUGUGUUGGAAUCCUGUUGGGUUCCAGCAAAGCACAUGCAAGAUCUCUGCUAUCCCAAGAUUAGUUUCCAGCAACUCUCCGUGCUUUUCUUCAUCUUGAGCAAGCCUUUACAGCUCACUUUACACCAUACUUGGUUGAGGACCACAGCCUUAACAAGUGACUUGAAGGUAAAUUCUAAAAAUGGCGGAAGCCCACCAAGCAGUUGCUUUUCAGUUUACAGUAACCCCAGAUGGAAUUGAUCUGCGUAUGAGCCAUGAGGCUCUCAGGCAGAUCUAUUUAUCUGGACUCUACUCCUGGAAGAAGAAGUUCAUCAGAUUCAAGAAUGGCAUAAUCACAGGAGUCUAUCCUGCUAGUCCAUCCAGUUGGCUUAUUGUAGUAGUAGGAGUUAUGUCAACAAUGUAUGCUAAAAUAGAUCCUUCAUUGGGACUAAUAGCUAAAAUCAACCGGACUCUUGAUACAACCGGCUAUAUGUCCAACCAAACACAAAGUAUUGUCAGUGGGAUUCUUUUUGGGACCGGGCUCUGGGUAGCCCUUAUUUUCUCAAUGCGCUCUACACUAAAGAUGCUGCUUUCCUACCAUGGCUGGAUGUUUGCUGAACAUGGCAAACUUUCUACAGGAACAAAGAUAUGGAUGGCACUGGUGAAACUUUUCUCAGGCCGUAAACCAAUGCUCUACAGUUUCCAGACAUCUCUGCCACGUCUUCCUGUUCCCGCUGUUAAAGAUACUGUAAAUAGGUAUUUGGAAUCGGUUCGACCACUUAUGUAUGAUGAACAGUUUAAAAGAAUGGAAGGUCUUGGCAAAGAUUUUGCAAUUAAUCUGGGACCAAAGCUACAAUGGUACUUAAAGCUGAAAUCUUGGUGGGCUACAAACUAUGUUAGUGAUUGGUGGGAAGAAUACAUUUACCUCCGAGGCCGUGGACCAAUUAUGGUUAACAGUAAUUAUUUUGCAAUGGACUUCCUUUAUUUUACUCCCACCACUGUACAGGCAGCUAGAGCUGGCAAUGCUAUCCAUGCUACCCUGCUAUAUAGAAGAAAACUGGACAGACAACAAAUCCAACCAAUUCUUCUGAUGGGAUCCACUGUUCCACUCUGCUCAGCACAAUGGGAGAGGAUGUUUAAUACCUCCCGUAUUCCAGGAGAGGAAACAGACACUAUUCAGCAUAUAAAAGACAGCAAACACAUUGUUGUGUACCAUAAGGGAUGCUAUUACAAAGUAUGGCUGUACUAUGAUGGCAGACUGCUGAAAGCCCGGGAGAUUGAACAGCAGAUGCAGCAGAUUCUAGAUGAUAAAUCAGAGCCGCAGCCUGGUGAAGAGAAAUUAGCUGCUCUUACUGCAGGAGACAGAGUGCCUUGGGCUAAGGCUCGCCAGACAUAUUUUGCCCAUGGAAAGAACAAGCAGUCCUUAGAUGCUAUUGAAAAGGCAGCUUUCUUCGUGACUUUGGAUGAUACUGUUCAGGGUUACAGGGAAGAGAACCCAAUGACAUCAAUGGACACCUAUGCAAAGGCACUUCUACAUGGCAAAUGCUAUGACAGGUGGUUUGACAAGUCAUUCACUCUUGUAGUGUUUAAGAAUGGUAAAAUGGGCCUGAAUGCUGAACAUUCUUGGGCAGAUGCUCCUAUUAUGGGCCAUCUUUGGGAGAAUGUCAUGUUUUCUGACUGUCUUGAGCUGGGCUACACAGAAGGUGGCCAUUGCAAAGGAGAAGCCACUUUAGGCAUUCCUAUGCCUACCAGACUACAGUGGGAAAUCUCUGAAGAAUGCCAAGAAGUGAUUGAGAGGUCCCUGACCACUACUGCAGGGCCUCUAGCAGAAGAUGUGGAUUUUCAUUCUUUUCCCUUUGACACAUUUGGGAAAGGAUUAAUGAAGAAAACAAAAACUAGUCCUGAUGCAUUUGUGCAACUUGCCCUGCAACUUGCUCACUACCGGGACAUGGGGAAAUUUUGCUUAACGUAUGAAGCAUCUAUGACCCGCCUAUUCAGAGAAGGCAGAACAGAAACAGUUCGCUCAUGUACUCUCCAGUCAUGCAAAUUUGUGCAAGCUAUGGAUGACCCAACUGAAAGUAUUGAAAAGAAGUGUGCACUAUUCAGGGCUGCCGCUGAUAAUCAUCAGCGCUUGUAUCGUCUUGCCAUGACUGGUUCUGGCAUUGAUCGCCACCUUUUCUGCCUUUAUGUGGUGUCCAAAUAUCUUGCUGUUGAAUCUCCUUUCCUUAAGGAAGUUUUGUCCGAGCCCUGGAGACUUUCAACAAGUCAGACACCCCAACAGCAUAUUGAUCUGAGUAAGAACCCUGAGAUGGAGUCUAGUGGUGGAGGCUUUGGACCUGUUGCUGAUGAUGGCUAUGGUGUGUCCUAUAUAAUUGUGGGGGAUAAUCUCAUCAGUUUCCAUGUAUCCAGCAAAUUUUCUUGCCCUGAAACAGACUCACAUCGCUUCGGAAAAAACAUCAAACAAGCAUUGUGUGACAUCCGUAACUUGUUUGGUCUUGGCAAAAAUUCUACCAAGUGAUUCCCUAACAGCAAGUUAGCUAGUCACCCUGUGUUGGGAGUGAGAACUCUUCUGAUCAGUGACUGAAAACAAGACAUGCUAAGCAGCAAUCUGUUCAGGAUUAUAUAAACAAGUAUUCUUGGGAGAGGUUCCAGCAUCCAUCACUGCAAUUUUUCAGAAGAGUUUUCUUCUCCAUAAGAGAUGACUGUUAUUCUCUGUAUUAGUAGGAGCGCUGGAAUGUGACCGACAACAAGUUAAGAUGUUUAUCUAGGUCUGUCCCAAUUUGGUGUACAUUUGAUAAUUUCUUAAAUCUCUCUACUUGAUGUAUUCUGUAAAUGAAGAGAUGAAAUCUGGGUAUUCCAAUCUCAUGUCAACAAAAAAACCUGACUUGAAAUGUAUCUAUAGCAAACCAUCAAUUCAUGUACACAUGGUUUUUUUAUCAGUAACUUUGGGCAUUCACCGUAAAUAAAGGCAUUUCAUUAAGCUAAACAUAAAAUAAUAUUCUGGCAAACCUAAUGUAAUGUGCUAAGCGAAAAAAAUGCUUUGCAGUGUGGAACUAAGCAUACAUUGCCAUAGGUCACUGGUAAAAUAUUACCUUAAAACAAUGACAGUUUUUUGUCUUAAUACACAAUCUCUAGUAUUUUUCUACAUUUUCAGUUUAUAAUUCACUUGUAAUUGUCUGUUAAACGUGGAAAGGAGAGUUGCUGACCUUGGGGAAACAGAGUUGCUGAAUUCACAAUAUGUAUCUAGGUAUAAUUGGGUAAAGGAAGCACAUUUCUACGUGGUGGUUGCAUGUGAAUGGUCCAACAUGAGAUUUCCUUUUGUAUUAAUCCUAAUGAAAGCCCCUUCUUGUCACAGGAAUAAUUUGCACACUAGUUUUUUUUAAAAAAAUGUUCAAGAGAACUCAUUUUUGCUUCAAGUGGAGAUCACUUCAAGCUCAGUGAAAGUUGCCACAUUUCAUGACCUCUCCCUGUACUUCAGGAAGGUUAGCCAUCAGAUGCAAAACCUGUUGAACAAUCCACAGUACAAUCUAGACUCAGACUAGUUGACACAUUGUAGUUUGGUCAUCACAUGCCUUAAGCAACUCCCAUCUUACGUACAAUCAUGGAGAAGCAUUUAAUAUAAUAAAUAUCUGGCACUUAGGUCACAGGUAAAAUUUAUGCGACCAAACUCAAAGAUGGUUUAAAAAUACCAUGACAAAUCACGAAUUAUAUUAUCAGAGAAUUUGUAAUGGGAAUUAUAAGGAAAAUGAUAAUGGGGACUGGCUCAUGGCUGGCACAAUGUUCAGCAAAAAGCCUGAAAAUAUUAACAUUACAAAAAUAUAACAUCAGUCUUCUAGGUAGCCUUUACAUAAAACUAAGGGUUUAGUGUAGCAACUACAUCUGCUUAUACAAAUUUGGCUAUUGAAAAAUAUUGUGCAACAUGUUCAGAGGUUUUAAACUUAAAUCCUGUUGUUCUCAGAGCUUUUAAUAAUUGGAACAAAUUGGAGGUGUGAGAUAGGGAAUAUUAGUCAACAUGUUAACUUAGGGUGUAAAAUGAAGAUUUGAUGGCAUUGUUCUGUAAAUAAAUACAGGAGUACAAAACCCCCAUAGGAAUCAGUAGAACAUGUUAUGUGUGAUUAGGUACAGUAAAUAGACAAAAUUACGGGGGGGAAAUGAACCCUAAAAUGCAGCAUGGCAUCCAAUCAAUGAACAGCAGCAAGUUAAGAGCCAGUGUUUUGAAGUUUUAUGCAUACUUUCUAUAUUGACCACUGACCAAUCUAUUAAUUUUAAAGAAAAUCUUUUUUAUUAAGAGAAUACUUAGGUUUGACUCAGGUUUUAGAUGGUUCCAAUGUAAUCAUAGCUAGUGCAUUAUCAAUGCAAUUUUUGCAUUCUUUAAAGGAAUGUAAAUGUAAUUGGCAGAGGAUAACCUGGUUUUUAUUGCAAUUGUUUGAAGAGUCUUUUUAUUUGAGCGAAACAGUUUGUAAACAGACUUGGUUUGUAUCCUCAUAGAAUGUCAGCUGCAUGUAAAUAAUGUUCCUUUGGUUGUAAAUCUUUAAACGAACAGUAACAUAGGUUACUCUUAAUAAAGAAAUUAAUAUUCUA